AUGCCUGCACGCGUCUCCGCCUCGCCCUCACCCGCCCCAGAAGUGCCAGUCGCGGCAGCACCAGGCCCUCGUGCGGCAGCACUGCACAAAGUGUUCGCAGGUGCCUUGUCAUCGUCCAUCAAAGCCAACUCGUACGCCAAUUUUAGCUCCUGUUUCCCCACCCCUGCCAAGUACUGUCCGACGGCGCUGGAAGGAGUUUGGAGGCAGCUGAAUGCGCGGCUGGAAGAAGAGUGCACGCGUGAUUUUGAGAAGAUCCUAGAAGAGAGACAUGUCAUCGAGGGCCUGAAUCAGUGGGACAUCUUGAUCGAGGAUGCACGAAGAAGGAAGAAUAGAGCGGUUGAAGGGGAUAUGCCCGAUCGACCUCUGCAUACCCUUUCAGCCCAAGAACUGUACUGCGCUCAUCUAUCCCCCUUUUUGCAACAAGCCGCGAACGAACUGGAGUCGAAGCUGCAAGCAACGCAGCAACAUAAUGCAGCGAUGAUGGCAACAAUUGGCAGACAACAAGCCGAGUUGGAACAACUAUUGAAUGGCCUAGAAGCGGCUGUCAAAGACAUUGAAGGCAGCGUCCAAGCAAUGCACUCAGAUGAACAAGGGGUUCCUGCACAACUGAGGAGUGACGUGUGGCAGAUGGAACAAGAGCUUGCUGCGACGAGGUGA